GUGACUUGAGCAGUUGUUACAUAAGCGAGGCAAACGUCCCUAACAGUUGAUAAAUAUUUGACUCUAAGUAGUUUCUACUUCGUUUGACUGCCUUCAGGGAAUAAAUUCGUGUUAGGAUCAUUUGUAUGCUUAUUUACGGGAGGAAGAGAAACGAAUCUUUCAGAAGCUUCGAAUCUUAUUUUAAAUAAUUUACUCUUUUGAAUCACUCGAUACCAGGUAAACUGAGGACAUCUGCUGAUAAAGUAAACGCGUGUAUGCAACUCGAAAAAUAAAUAUUAUAAAAUAUUAUAUUAAUUAUCUUCUUAGUUGUCAGAAAUACACACACCUACAUAACAUAUUAAAAACUACUGAAAUGCAUGUUACAUGUUUGCUCAGUAUGUAAAAUAAAUUGUAAAUAUCUCAAUUUAUGCUACUUAUGUUUAGAUACAUUUUUUUUUAAAUGUCCUUUGUAUUUUCAGCACAUCAAGAAAAGUUAGGCGUGGGAGAGAGUCAGUCAGGAUUAACCCAUUUAACAUUCUGUGUUUUGACUCAUUUUUAGGAAAUUUGGAAUCUUGCUUCCUCUAAAAAUCCUCUUAAAUCUUUCAUUUCUCAUAUAUAAAUAGACUUGUUUAAAGGUGUCCAAAAUGUAAAAAUUAUAUUCGUAAUUUAUUGACGGCACACUGAAUUAGUUAAUUUGUCGGGUGAAUCUGUCCUGCCUUUAUUUUUGUCCUUUACCUUUGACAUGAAUGUAUGAAAACCACACCUUUGCACUUGAUAAAACUCUAUAAACUAGGUUAAUCAUUACACCCGAUAGAAUAAAUUUGAGGGAGAGAGAGCGACUCUCACACUCUCUUUUACUUUCCAAUCAUGAGACUUGUAGCUUGUUUCCUUUCCUUUUUCAUUUUGUUUGGCCGCGCAGAAUGUGGGAACAUCUUGGUCUGGCCAACCGAAGGCAGUCAUUGGAUUAAUCUCAAAAUUGUGUUGGAAACAUUGAUGGACAGAGGACACAGCGUAACGGUGCUGGUGCCGGACUCCAAAAUGUUCAUGAGCGUCACAGAAUCGGAUCUCUUCAGCCAAAUGCACUUUAACAUGUCCAUAUCUUCUGAGGAGAUGCAUGCUUUCCUUGAGGAAAUGCUGCACUUCUCAAUGUAUGAAGUUGACAAAUUGAGCUUACUGCAGAUUGUGAGCAAAUUCUACCAGCUUGCCUCCAAAAAUCUGGCUAUCGGUCUUUCAUACUGUGACGGCAUUCUGAAAUCUCCAGGGUUAAUGGACAGAUUGCGACGUGGAAAGUUUGAUGUCGUUUUGUCCGACCCCAUUUUCCCGUGCAGUGAUAUAAUGGCAGAACAGCUGAACGUCCCCUUGGUAUUCACAUUCAGAUUCUCCAUCGGUCACGCGGCAGAGCGCAUGUGUGGUCAGAUACCCGCACCACCAUCAUACGUACCUGGAGCCAUGAGUAAACUCACAGACAAAAUGACUUUUACUGAGCGAAUCGCAAAUAUGCUCUUCUACCUUUCGCAAGAUGCUUUUGCCAAAAUUUUGUGGAGAACAUUUGACAACUACUACACUGAAUAUUUAGGACGACCCACUUCCUUCUGUGAGAUGUUGGGUAAAGCUGAUAUCUGGUUAAUCAGAACUUACUGGGACUUUGAGUAUCCACGACCAUUCCUGCCCAACUUCAAAUACGUUGGAGGGCUUCACUGCACCCCAGCCAAACAGCUACCCAAGGAUAUGGAGGAGUUCGUGCAGAGCUCUGGAGAUGCUGGGAUAGUGGUGUUCUCGUUGGGGUCCAUGGUAAAGAAUAUUACCAAAGAGAAGAGCAACAUGAUCGCGUCAGCCCUGGCACAGAUACCUCAGAAGGUCUUGUGGCGAUAUGUUGGAGAGAAGCCUGACACCCUUGGACCAAACACUAGAAUCUAUGACUGGAUCCCUCAGAAUGAUUUAUUGGGUCAUCCCAAAACCAGAGCAUUCAUCACUCAUGGAGGCACUAAUGGCAUUUAUGAAGCCAUAUAUCACAGUGUCCCGAUGGUUGGCAUCCCCUUGUUUGGUGACCAGCCGGAUAACAUGGCUCAUAUGAUAGCCAAAGGAGCUGCUGUUGUCAUGGACUAUAACAGCAUGAAGACUCAAGACCUGUUAGACGGACUUAACGCUGUCAUUACAGACCCCUCGUAUAAAGAGAAGUCUGCACAUUUGUCCAGGGUCCAUCAUGACAGACCGGUGAAGCCUCUGGAUGAGGCGGUUUUCUGGAUUGAGUUUGUCAUGCGCAAUAAAGGUGCCAAACAUCUGCAAGUUGCGGCUCAUAAUCUUACCUGGUACCAAUACCACUGUCUGGAUGUGUUUACUUUUCUCAUCACCAUUAUGAGUGUAAUCACCUACAUACUCUUUAAAACUUGUAAAUGCUUCAUUAUGCGUUGCCAUUUGAGAUCAAUGACUAAAAGCAAAAGGGAGUGAAAUAUACUUUGAAAAAGCCUUUGAUUCUGUACUGAACAUUCUGUCUCUACCUACACAUGAGGACGCCUGAUCUUUCACAUAUAUUUUGGCUAAUUUGACAAUAAUUUUUGCUACAAAUAAUAAUGUAGAAUUAUCCGUUUUAUCUAAAAGGUUUUAGCAUUUCAAAUCCAUUCUGUAGGAAAUUAGGAAUCUGUAUUUCUGUAUAAAUCACAAAUCUGUAUAAAUCACAAAUUAAAAUCUAGCUUUAUUGAUUAGAAGGCAAAUUAAUGUAAUGUGUGCCUACAUUUUAUUUAGUAAACAAAUAUUUUCCAUGUUGUAUGUUUGUCUAAUGUGUAUUUAAAUGUCCAGAACUGCAUAAUGUAUCUUAAUUCCUUCUAAGGUUUACUUGGCAUUGUUGGUUUUGAUUAGCUUAUUAUGGGAUUGUCGGGGACUAUUCUUUUCAAUCUUUUUUGGAUCCACUUGUGUUGUUGCAUUAUAGGACACACUAAACUAUAAUAAUUAUUUGAAAUGAAUAAAUCACUUUUCUACAUUAAAAAUACUACCAUA